AUGGUGUCGAGCCAGGUGGUGAAAGUGAAGAGAGAUACGCUACGACCAUGCAUGACAUGCCCUCUCUGCCAUAACUUCUACAGAGAUGCCACUACCAUCUCUCUCUGCCUUCACACCUUUUGCAGGAAGUGCAUAUAUGACAAACUCUCGGAUGAGGAGAUGGAUUGCUGUCCUGUGUGCAACAUUGAUCUAGGCUGCCUUCCGGUGGAAAAGCUCAGGCCAGACCAUAAUUUGCAAGAUAUUAGGGCAAAGAUAUUCCCGUUUAAAAGAAAAAAAAUCAAGGCGCAAGAUGUUUUGUCUUCAAUAUCAUUGCCUGCUAAAAGGAAGGAGAGAUCACUUUCAUCAUUGGUAGUAAGUGCUCCCAAAGUUCCAAUGCAACCUGGCUUUACAGGAAAGAGAACUAAAACCAGUACAAGAAAGGCUGCUGCUUUACGUGGAAGCAGUUUUCUUCUUGAAGAAUCCAUAAAGAAGGAAGAAACAAAUGGUGAAGAUAAUACGGAUUCUUCCAUGGCUGAGCCUUCUAAAAAGCACAAGUCUAAUGAUGACAAAGAGAACAGUGUGGAACAUGCAGAAGGGAAGGUUGAUCUCUGGACACCACUGAACUGUCUUGUUGAAGCUGCCAACAGAACAAAAUCCUCCAGGUCAAAUUUACAAGCAACUCCCCUUGCCAAAUUAGAGUCCCCAACUACUCCUCAUGGUGGACAAAAUAUACCUGAAAUUUCAACCAAAAGAGACCUACCAGCUUCUGUCCAGAGUGAAUUAAACAUUUCAAAAUCCAAAAAUAAGGAUACUGGGCAUAAAACAAUAUUUGGGGAUGACAAGGAUGCAAACAGCUUGCCUUCUGGACCAGUGAAGCGAAGAAGGUUGCGUCCUGCUGGUCAGAAAAGAGUUGCAGCAUCUGAGAUGUCUGCCUCAUCCCCAGCCCCACUAAAUGCAACAGGGGGCAAGUGCAACAGAAAAAACAGUCCAAUUUGGUUUUCAUUAGUUGCUUCAGAGGACCAGAAAGGAGAUGUUCCAUUGCCGCAGAUCUCAGCAUGUUAUUUAAGAAUAAAGGAUGGUACUGUGCCCGUCUCAUUUAUUCAAAAGUACCUUGUGAAGAAACUUAAUCUUUCCAGUGAAGCAGAGGUGGAAAUAAUGUGCCGGGGUCAGCCAGUGCUCCCAUCAUUGCAACUGCAUAAUCUUGUAGAUCUAUGGUUCCGGACAGCAUCAACCUCGAAAAGGAUACCAGCAUCAGUGGGGUCCUCAGCCAAAGAUUUUGUGAUGGUUUUAUCGUAUUGUCGAAAGGCCUUGCCCCCUUGA